CAUUUUAUUCUACUUUUAGAUUCCGGAUUGGCUGAGCUUUCCACCUAUCAAACAGUAAACAUAGAGGUGGAAAAUAACUAGAUGACUUGUAUCUAAGUGAUGUGCCUCUUGAAUUUAAUACUUAUCUUUGAUAAAAAAGCAUUAUUUUUCGGCUUUUGUAUGUAAUUCACAUCACAUAUAUACAUUCUUUUUCGCUCGAGUAACAUUCCAGGGUUAAAUAAAUUUCAGGAAAUUUUUAUUCUGUUUUGAUUUUCUGUGUAAAUAUGGCUAGUGAAUCCGUGAAAUGUAAAAUUGGCCCAUCAAUUUUAAAUGCCGAUUUAGCUGAUAUAUCCGCAGAAUCUCAACGUUUAUUAGAUUCUGGAGCUGAUUACUUGCAUUUAGAUGUCAUGGAUGGACAUUUUGUUCCAAAUUUAACUUUCGGACAUCCGGUUGUAAAAUGUUUGAGGAAGAAAAUCCCCGAAGCUUUUUUUGAUAUGCAUAUGAUGGUUGCUGAUCCUUUGAAGUGGAUAGAGCCAAUGGCAGAUGCAGGUGCACAGCAAUAUACAUUCCAUAUUGAAGCUACAUCUGAGCCUUUAAAUGUCAUCAGAAAGAUUAAAGAAGCAGGAAUGAAGGCUGGUGUUGGUUUGAAACCAGGAACUCCUGUGGAAGUUGUUGUUCCAUACAUAGAACAUGUUGAUUUGGUUCUAGUGAUGACAGUUGAACCUGGUUUUGGUGGACAAAAGUUUAUGGAAGAUAUGAUGACAAAGGUGCAAUAUUUGCGAGCUGCGUAUCAAAAUCUGGAUAUUGAAGUUGAUGGGGGAGUUGGCCCUAAUACUAUUGCAACGUGUGCAGAAGCUGGAGCAAAUCUUAUAGUAUCUGGCACAGCCAUCACUGCCAGCCAGGAUCCUAAACAAGUUAUAUCUUUCCUAAGAAAAUCUGUGGAGGAAUCCAUUGUUAAAUCUCAGCUGGAAAGAUAACUUUUUUCAUUACUUAGUGCAAUUCAAAAAAAUUUUUAUAUUUUUGUUAAAGAAAAAAAUUAUCUACAUGUUGCUGAUAAUAUAUUUUUGAUCAUUAUAUUGAAAAUAUUUUUUUAAUAUUUCCAAUAGAAAGAAUCUUUAUUUAUAAUAAAGAUAAAUGUAUA